CUGGAGAGGAAACUGAUAUUUUUAGAAUAACACCCUGUGUUCCAGGCGGUGUCUUCAACAUUUCACAGGAAUAAUGGCCUAAAUGUGUCUUCAAAAAGAUCUCCAGGUUCAUUCAGAGGAAGAUAAAAACUUUCACAUGUCAGAUAAGGACUCUGCUGGGUUGUUGACUGAUGGCGAGAUCAGAUUUCCGUCCUGCUGCCAUUUCUCAGAGAUGUAAUCAUGGGUGUAAAAUGUGAUCAUAAAAGUUUUCUGAGUUUGUGUGGCUGAAGCGCUUUUCCAGAUGGAGGCAGACCUGAGGCUGGAGUCAAGUUUGUGGGUCGGGAAUAAAAGAUACCGGGCGGUCCUGACAGGCUGGCAUUUCAACUGGACCGAGGUAGAUAAGAAGAAUCGCGACAAGAAAACAAUUUCAGUAUCUGUGGCAGAGGUGGUUGGAGUGGAGCAGGGCCGGGUGGAGAUCCUGCCCCAGAAGUCAGCUGAGGACACGGACAAAGAUUUCACAGUUUUCUAUGUAAAGCGCAUCAGCAGUGGGAGCUCUUGUGGGUUACUAUGGAGACUGGGCCGGACCCAGUUCAGCUGCCCCAGUCGGGUCCUCAGAGACCAGUGGACGAAACACCUGACAACUGCUCUCAAAACUCACAGUCCGUUGCGCCCGCACAGGCUUUUGGUGUUUAUAAACCCAUAUGGAGGGAAGAAGAAAGGAAGAAAGAUAUAUCAUUCUCUGGUUGCCCCUCUGUUUGAGCUGGCUGGUAUCAGCUCUCAUGUAAUAGUGACUGAGCGGGCAAACCAGGCCAGAGACCACCUCCUGAAGAAAGACCUGACAGGCUUUGACGGUGUGGUGUGUGUGGGUGGGGAUGGCAUGUUCAGCGAAAUACUUCACGGGUUGAUAGGGCGGACACAACAAGAGGCAGGCCUUUGUGAGAACGAUCCCGCUGUCACCUUACAGCCUUGUCCGCUUCAUAUUGGCAUCAUUCCUGCAGGCUCUACAGACUGUGUGUGUUACGCCACAGUGGGAGUGAUCGACCCAGUUACUUCUGCUUUGCACAUUAUCGUUGGAGACUCUCAGCCUUUGGAUGUGUGUUCAGUCCAUCAAGCUUCUGCUCUGGUGCGCUACUCAGUGUCUCUGUUGGGCUAUGGCUUCUAUGGGGACGUACUGGCUGAGAGUGAAAAACACCGCUGGAUGGGACCUCUCCGAUAUGACUAUUCAGGCACAAUGGUUUACCUGGCCAACAGAAGCUAUGCAGGCAUAGUUCAGUAUCUACCAGCAGACCCGGUGCUCUCCAGCCCUAGAGACAGAACACGCUGCCUCUCAGGGUGCAGUGUGUGCUCCAGAAGCACGGAAAGACUUUUCCCUCACUCAUCAGAUUCAGGCUCCCUGCACAGCUCCCACUUCAGCCAGUUCAGUAGUGACUCAGAAGGUGACUGGGUGACUGUGGAGGGCAGGUUCAGGUGUGUGUCUCUCACUUGUAUGUCCAGCUCGUGUCCCAAGAGUCCCCUGGGCCUCUCUCCCUCUGCUCACCUGGCAGACGGAACAGGGGACCUCAUCCUGGUAUGGGACACUCACCCGCUGGGAUUCCUCAAGUUCCUUUACAGGCACACAAGCACACAGGACCAGUUUGACCUGCCAUUUGUGGAGGUCCACCGCGUGAAGGCCGUCCGUUUCUCUCUCCCCUCUGGCAAAGAGGAGGAAGGGUAUGAAGAGAUUGGAGGGACAAGUGGUGGGAUAGAUGAUGAAGAGAGAGGCUACGUCGAGACCGUAAGCAGGAAUGGAUCCCAGCAGCAUCUGGCAGAGAGAGGCACAGGGCGAGAAAUGACAAACGAGCAGAAAACAGCAACCCCCUUCCUGUGUGGUCUGUGCUGCAGCAAAGCUCCAGCUGUGUCAGUGUGGAACUGUGAUGGAGAGAUUCUGCCUUUCACCGAGAUCCUCUGCAGGAUUCAUUGCCAGUUGGUGCGUCUGUAUGCCAGGGGCAUCGAGGACAGAGCUGCUGUGCACAAGAGCAGUGAGGAAAAUAACAAGUGUGAGAGGACAUCCUACUCAAACAGUCUCACCUAAAUUUUGGAUGAUGAGAGAAAAGUGUCGAUGGGAAUGUUUGCAAGGCAAAGCUAAUUUGUAAAUCUUCUGAGAGAAUAGCCAGCCAGCCUUGCAGUCUGUCAAGGCCAAAGAGUUCAUAAUAUUUCAGGCAAUUUUACAAGUUUUCUCAUUGCAAUGAUGGAAAAAACCCUAUUUAUUCUUAAAUGAGUGUGUUUGUUGAAUGCUGCUCCUUAAAAACGCUAUUAAAACUUGCUAAAUGAUACACUUCUCGGUAGUGCAGGUUUUUCUGCACAAAAACCUUGUAUACAGUGUUUGUAUGCAGUUUUUGGUCUGCAAAUGUUAUUUAUUUUCACUUUAGCUUCCAGAGAAAAAAAUCAUGGGGAAAGUAUCUUAAUGCAAUAAAAAGACUGUUCUGA